AUGCGCACAGUCAAACGUGCGCCUUUGACCCGCCGCCGCAGUGGCAAGCUCGCCGCGGCGACCGCGGACCGGGUGGUGCACUUGUACGACGAGGCGGGCGAGCGGCGUGACAAGUUCCGCACCAAGGCGGCGGACGGCAACAGCAGCGGCGCAUACCUGAUCCGUGGGCUCGCAUUCUCUCCAGACUCGUCCAAGCUCGCCGUCGCGCAGAGCGACAACAUCGUCUUUGUGUACAGGCUGGGCGCCGGGUGGGACGAAAAAAAGUCAAUAUGCAACAAGUUCUUGCAGAGCAGCGCCGUCGCGUGCCUGGCGUGGCCCGCCGAGCGCCACGGCGACGUGUGCUUCGGGCUGGCGGACGGCAAGGUCAAGCUGGGGGUCCUCAAGACCAACAAGACGUACACCCUGUAUGCGCACCCGAGCGGCAGCCCCGUCGCCGCGCUGGCAGCGAGCCCCGACGGGCGCGCGCUGGUCAGCGGGCACGCGGACGGCAGCCUGUAUCAGUUCACAUUCCCGGAGCAGCAGGAUGGGUCAGGUGGGACCGCGGGCUGCGUGAAGCUGGUGCACCACAGCUGCGCGCCAUGCGCACUGGCCUGGGGCGAAAGCGUCGUGGCAGCGGGUAGCGACUGCAGGGUGGUCUUCUACGACCCGAAGACCGGCCGCGAGCAGGCGGCCUUCGACCAAGGCGGCGACAACGGCGCCCGCAGCUUUGGCUGCGCGGCCAUGAACCCUGCCGGCGAUGCGGCGGUGGUAGGCGGCUUCAACAGACUCUACAUCUUCGCGCGAGGAGGCCCCAAGGGGUUGUGGCAGCCUGCGGGCGUCAAGCAGAUUGACAACAUGUUUGCAGUGACGGCGGCGUCAUGGAAGCCUGAUGGCUCGAAGCUGGCGGUGGGAGGCUUGAGGGGCAACGUGGACAUCUGGGACGCGUGCAUACGCAGGACAAAGCACAAGGGCAAGUUUGAGCUGACCUAUGUGAGCAAGAAGGCUGUCAUCGUCAAGACCCUGGCUACAGGCAGCCGCAUCGUCCUCAAAUCGGUGUAUGGAUACGAGGUGUCGAAGGUUUCCGUGUACCAGGGAAGGUACAUCGUCGGCCGCACGCACGCCACACUGCUGCUGGGCGACCUGGAGAGCUGCCAGCUCAGCGAGGUGCCGUGGGAGGGCGGCGGCGGCGGGGAGCGCUUCUACUUUGAGAACGAGCAGGUGUGCCUGCUGUACAGCGCGGGCGAGCUUCAUGUGGUGGAGUACGGCAUCAACGACACAGUGCUGGCGCUGCGCACGGAGCACAUCAGCCCGUACCUGCUGAGCGUUGCGGUGCAGGAGGCGCGCGGCGCCAUGCCGGCCGCCAAGCGCGUGGCGUACCUGGUUGAUGCCACAACACUUAGGGUGGUCGACUUCACGGCGGCGGCGGCGGCCGCGGCGGCCGGCGGCGUCACGGGCGGCGGGGGCGCCGUGCUCGCCACCGUCAGCCACGACGCCCGCAUCGACUGGCUGGAGCUCAACCAGCGCGGCUCCCACCUGCUGUUCCGCGACAAGGGCCGCCGCCUGCUCCUCCUGGACCUCGCCACCCAAGAGCGCACCCCGCUGCUGGGCUUCUGCCAGUACGUGCAGUGGGUGCCCGGCAGCGACUGCGUCGUCGCGCAGAGCAGGGGGGAGCUCUGCGUCUGGUACGGCGUCGGCGCGCCGGGCAGGCCGACCGUGAUCCCCAUAAGGGGCGACGUCAGCGGCAUCGAGCGCGCCCCGGGCCGCACUGAGGUGCUGGUGGACGAGGGACUCACGCAGGCCGCGUACGCCCUGGAUGAGGGCCUGAUUGACUUUGGGGCUGCCCUCGAGUUUUUGGACUUUGACCGAGCCGUGUCGACGCUGGAGGCCCUGCCGCCCAGCACCGAGGUGGAGGCGCAGUGGCGCGCGCUGGGGGCGCUGGCGCUGCAGCACGAGGUGCUGUGGGUGGCGGAGCGCUGCGCGGCGGCGCUGGGGGAGGUGGCGCGCGUCAGGUUCCUGCAUAAGCUCAUCAAGCAAGCGGAGCGGCGGCAGCAGGAGCAGCCCGCGGCUGGGCAGGGCGGCGGCGCGGCCGGGGAGCUGCCUGUGGAGGUCAAGGCGCAGCUGGCGGUGCUGGCGCAGCAGUGGCCGGUGGCGGAGAGCCUCCUGCUGGCACAGGGGCGGGUGGACGACACCAUAGCUGCUUACAGGGAUGCCCACAGAUGGGAGGACGCCAUCCGCGUCGCCGACACCAGCCGCCACCCCGGCAGCGACGACCUCCGCGCCGCCCACUUCAAAUGGCUGCUCUCCACCGGUCAGGAGGACAAGGCCGGAGCCGGGAAGGAGCGCGAGGGCGACCUGGCGGCCGCGAUAGCGCUGUACCUCAAGGGCGGAGCCCCUGCCCGCGCGGCGCAGGCCGUCGUGGCUCACCCAGGGAUCGCCUUUGACCCCGCCCUCCUGGCCGCCGUCGCCGCCGCCCUGACAAAGGCCGGGCUGCACGAGCGUGCGGGCGACCUCGCCGCGGCGCUGGGGCGGCCGCUGGACGCGCUAGCUGCUUACAGGAAAGGCGGCGCGUACCGCAAGGCUGUCGAGCUGGCGCGCGGCGCGGCGCCCGCCCAGGUGAUCGUGCUUGAGGAGGAGUGGGGCGACUGGCUGGCGUCCCAGCGGCAGAUGGACGCCGCCAUCAACCACUUCAUAGAGGCGGGCGUGGCGGCCAAGGCCAUUGAGGCCGCGCUGGCGGCGCGGCAGUUCCCCAAGGCUGCGGGCAUCAUCGAGCACCUGGAUGCGUCCCAGGCCGCGCCCUUCUUCAAGCGCAUCGCCCAGCACUACGCCGCAAACGGCGGGCUGGCCGAAGCGGAGGGCUACUGGCUCAAGGCAGGCCUGCCGCUGGAGGCUGUGGAGAUGUACACCCGCGCAGGCAAAUGGGAAGCCGCCCAGAAGGUGGCGCGCGGCUACCUGCCGGAGGGGGAGCUGAGACGCUUCAACGCCCAGCGCGCCAAGGAGGCCGAGGCGGCCAAGAAUUGGAAGGAGGCGGAGCGCGGGUACUUGGCGGCAGGGGAGGCGGAGGCCGCGAUCGGCAUGUACAAGCGGAAUAGGAUGUGGGAGCCCAUGAUCCGGCUUGUGGGGCAGCACCGCCGAGAGAACCUGCCAGAGUCGCACCUGCUGGCGGCGCAGGCGCUGCAGCUGGAGGGGCACUGGCGGGAGGCGGAGCGCCACUUCACAGACGCGAAAGACUGGAAGGCAGCCGUCGCCAUGUACACCUCCCAGGGCAGCUGGGAGGACGCCCUGCGUGUUGCCAAGGCCCACGGCGGCGCGGCCGCCACCAAGCAGGUCGCGUACGCCUGGGCCGUCGCCGUGCCGCCGGAGGAGGGCGGCGCGCUGCUGCGGCGCCUCGGGCUGGGCGACGCCGCGGUGGACGCGGCGGCGGAGGCAGGCGCGUUUGGUCACGCGUUCCAGCUCGCGCAGGUCGCCGCCCCACAGCGGAUGGCGGACGUGCACCUGAAGCACGCCAUGUAUUUGGAGGACAACGGCCGCUUCAACGAGGCCGAGGUGGAGUUUGUCAACGCGGGCAAGCCGCGGGAGGCAAUAGACAUGUACAUCCACGCCCAGGACUGGGAGGCCGCGCUGCGAGUCGCGGAGGGCCAUGAGCCCGAGUCUGUGGGCGACGUGCUGGCGGCGCAGGCCCAAGCGCUGGCGGACUCGGGGCAGCUGAGCGCGGCGGAGUCGGUGUUCCUCAAGGCCCGCCGCCCCGAGGCUGCGCUGCAGAUGUACCGCGCCGCGAGCCAGUGGGCGGCGGCGCUGCGGGUCGCGGAGGCGUACGCGCCGGCCAGGGUGGCGGGGCUGCACCUCGAGAUGGCGGCAGCCAUGGCGCAGCAGGGGCAAGGCGGCGCCGGCGGCGGCGUGGCGGCGGCGGUCGCGCGCGCCCAGGCGUUCGAGCGCGGCAACGACUACGCGCGCGCCGUGGAGGCGUACUUGUCCCCCAGCGCGGAGGGCGCGGCGGCGGCGGACGUUGAUGUCCUGCAGCGCUGCUGGGAGGCGGGGCUGGCCCUGGCGGCGCGACAUCAGCGCCACCGUGUGGGUGACGUGGCGGCCGCCGUGGCGGCGCGGCUGGUGGGCGCGGGGCGGGUGGGGGCCGCGGUGGACGUCUUGGAGGGCGUCGGCGAUGUGCAGGGCGCCGCUGAGGCCGCCGUCUCCGGCAGCCUUUUUGACCGCGCGCGCGCGCUUGCGGCCGGCAACCCCCAGCUGCUGCGCCUCGUGGACGAACGCCACACCGCCGCCCUGGUGGCCGCCAACGACGCCGACGAGCUCGCGGCGCGCGGCAACGUGGCGGCGGCUGUGGAGAUGUAUGCCGCGCAGGGCAACUGGGAGCGCGCGCACGAGCUGGCAGCCCAAGACGGCCCCGAGCUCGCCGCCGCCACCGCGGCGCGCCACGCGCAGCUGCUGCUGCGCCAGGGCGACGCCGCCGCCGCGGCCGCCGCGCUCGCGCGGCGCGGCGUCGGCGCGGCGGACGCGGACGUCCUGCGCCAAGUGCUGCAGCAGCUGGAGCUGGCAGCCACCACCAGGAAGAGGGACUCUGAAGAGUUUAGCCGCCUCUUCUGGGCGGCGCACCACGUGUCCUGCGCGUCGCGCUCCAAGGCCGCCGGCCUGUCGGAGCUCGCCGCGCGGCAGCUGACGGCGGCGCUGAGAUACGUGGGGGUGCUGCCUGCAGACAGGGCAUUCUUCGAGGCGGGCGCCGCGUGGCGCGCGGCGGGCCGCCCCAGCAUGGCGUUCGUCCUGCUCAACCGGUACCUCGAUAUAGAAGACGCCGCAGAUGAGGCGGGGGGCGGCGGCGGCGCGCAGCUGCCGCUCGAGGGGGCGGACUUUGUGGGCACUGAUAUUCCGAGGGACGCGCCGCUGCCGGCGCACCACUACUGCGACGAGAGGACGAGGGAGGAGAACCCCUCCUAG